CAGAUUUCCGGCUUUGACGGUCAUGGGUGACAGUAACGUGAAAUCAUAACGCCGUAUAUUAUUUAAAGCUCUGAAAGUAAUGUAUGGGCAAACCUAGUACUUUUGAUUCUAUGAUUAUAUUAUAAAUGUUCGCAAUUUAAAACUGCGUUUAAUCUGAUAGGAUUGGCGUUCGGGGAGGCGCAGUAUAACCUUGGCUUCCUGUCGCCAGCGUUGCUGUAGAAGAGUGGACGUUUAAUUAAGAAGGAAACAUGUCUCUUGCCAGUCGAUGUUUAAUGUCCUUGAAUAACAAGAUCCUAAAAAAUGCCACACGUUUACCAAGUCCUUGGUAUGUGUCCGCACACAGCAAAACUACUAAAACAAGAGUUCAACCAGAGUAUUUUGAAGAAAGAUCAAAAGACCAUGAGAAAUAUGGAGGGGAUCCAGAGCAGCCUCAUAAACUACACAUCGUGACCCGCAUCAAAAGUCCAAAAGGAAGACCGUACUGGGAGAAGAACAUAGUGAAAUACCUGGGGCUGCAGAAGGCUAAUACUCCUGUGAUUCACAAAAACACACCUGCAGUCAAUCACCAGUUAAAGUUUGUCAAGCACCUGGUAAGGAUCCAGCCUCUGAAGACUCCUUAUGGACUCCCUGACGAACAUGACAUGGCCAAUACCUACAUUAACACCAAAGGAGAGCUGAUCGUCUGUCGUCUCCUCAAACCUGAACCUCCCAAAGCCAUUGAUUCUUAGUGUGAUUUUCAAUAAAUUAAUCAGAUUUUCCAAAACA